UCCAAGCUCUCGUCUCUGCGCUCCGCGUCCGUGGCAGCAUCCACUCACUCUUUUACUACUGCCUGCGAUGUGACUCCACGCCGCUCGCUCGCUCGCUGGAAUAUCACCCUGCGUGACAAGUGACGGAUUUUACGCGCACGCCACGCCGUCCGGUUUUCCAAAUUCAAGGGGGACACCGCGGCAGCGGCCAAUGCCUUUUAUCAUGACUGUGGGAUUAAUAACGGCUUUGUGUGCUGUAACUGCCGUUUUUGCGAUGGAAGAAACGUUAAUGGACACCCGGACCGCCACAGCAGAGCUCGGGUGGACGGCGUACCCUUCGUCAGGGUGGGAAGAAGUAAGUGGCUAUGACGAGAAUCUCAACACCAUCCGAACGUACCAGGUGUGUAACGUCUUCGAGCCGAACCAGAACAAUUGGCUUCUCACCACCUUCAUCGCACGACGUGGUGCUCAGCGCAUCUAUGUGGAGAUGCGUUUCACCGUCCGAGACUGCAGCAGCAUCCCGCGGGUGCCUGGAUCCUGUAAGGAGACCUUUAACCUGUACUACUACGAGACGGACUCCGUCAUCGCCACCAAAGGUACGGCGUUCUGGAUGGAGGCUCCGUAUUUGAAGGUGGACACCAUCGCAGCGGACGAGAGCUUCUCACAGGUGGAUUUUGGCGGUAGAUUGAUGAAAGUGAACACAGAGGUGCGGAGCUUCGGUCCGUUGUCGAAAAACGGCUUUUAUUUGGCAUUUCAGGACUACGGCGCAUGCAUGUCCCUGCUGUCUGUCCGUGUGUUUUAUAAGAAAUGCCCUAGCGUGGUGCAGAACUUUGCGAUAUUUCCAGAGACCAUGACUGGCGCAGAGAGUACCUCGCUGGUGAUCGCUCGUGGGAUGUGCAUCCCAAAUUCUGAGGAAGUGGACGUACCUAUUAAGUUGUAUUGUAAUGGAGAUGGAGACUGGAUGGUUCCGAUUGGGAGCUGCACCUGCAAGGCAGGAUUCGAGCCAGAUAACGGGAACGUUUGUCGAGCUUGCCCUCCGGGGACGUUCAAGUCCAGUCAAGGAACGGGUUUGUGUCUUCAGUGUCCGUCCAACAGCAGGUCCACGUCUGAAGCGGCCACUAUCUGCGUCUGCAGGAACGGCUACUACCGAGCAGACGGAGAACAGCCAGACAUGCCCUGCACCAGUGUUCCCUCCGGACCAAGAAAUGUCAUCUCUAUUGUGAACGAGACCUCCGUGACUCUGGAGUGGCACUCCCCACGUGAGACGGGCGGCCGCGACGAUGUCGUGUAUAACAUUAUUUGUAAGAAAUGCCAGACUGACCGUCGUUCUUGCUCUCAUUGCGACGAUAACGUGGAGUUCCAGCCCAGACAGCUGGGUCUGACCGAUUCCAGAGUCUUCAUCAGUAACCUGCUGGCACACACUCUCUACACCUUUGAGAUCCAGGCGGUCAACGGCGUCACCAACAAGAGCCCGUAUCCUGCCCAGCACGUCUCCAUAGACAUCACAACCAACCAGGCUGCUCCGUCCAUUGUUCCCAUAAUGCAUCAGGUCAGUUCGACGAUGAAAAGCAUCACGUUGUCAUGGCCACAGCCUGAACAGCCCAAUGGAAUUAUUCUCGAUUAUGAGCUGCGCUUCUAUGAGAAGGAGCUGUCUGAGGAGAACUCCACGCAGGUGAGGAGUCAGACGAACACGGCUCGUGUGGAUGGAUUACGGCCGGGCACCAUGUACGUGAUGCAGGUUCGCGCCAGGACGGUUGCCGGUUUCGGCAAAUACAGCAGCAAAAUGUGCUUCCAAACCCUCACAGAUGACGACUAUAAAUCAGAGCUGAGGGAGCAGUUGCCACUGAUUGCGGGCUCAGCCGCGGCUGGAGUGGUCUUCAUUGUAUCUCUGGUGGCCAUAUCUAUAGUCUGUAGCAGGAAACGGGCUUACAAUAAGGAGGCGGUGUACAGCGACAAACUCCAGCACUACAGCACCGGAAGAGAACUCACUUUGAGACCGGAUUUGUCCAACUGUCACACACCCAUGGGCUGCCCGACCCUGCCAGGCUCUCCGGGGAUGAAGAUCUACAUCGACCCCUUCACCUAUGAAGAUCCUAAUGAAGCCGUCAGAGAAUUCGCCAAGGAAAUAGACGUCUCCACUGUCAAGAUUGAAGAGGUUAUCGGAGCAGGUGAGUUCGGGGAGGUGUAUAAAGGUCGACUGAAACUGCCUGGAAAACGAGAGAUCUACGUUGCCAUCAAAACACUGAAAGCAGGCUAUUCUGAGAAGCAGAGACGCGACUUCCUGUCCGAGGCAUCGAUCAUGGGGCAGUUUGACCACCCCAACAUCAUCCGCCUGGAGGGUGUCGUCACCAAGAGCCGGCCGGUCAUGAUCAUCACAGAAUUCAUGGAGAACGGCGCGCUUGACUCCUUCCUUAGGCAAAAUGAUGGGCAGUUCACAGUAAUCCAGUUGGUGGGGAUGCUGAGGGGAAUUGCUGCUGGCAUGAAGUACCUGUCGGAGAUGAAUUACGUCCACCGAGACCUGGCCGCCCGCAACAUCCUGGUCAACAGCAACCUUGUGUGCAAGGUGUCGGACUUCGGCCUGUCCCGUUAUCUCCAGGAAGACACUUCUGACCCCACCUACACCAGCUCACUGGGUGGAAAGAUCCCUGUGAGAUGGACCUCACCGGAAGCAAUCGCAUACAGGAAGUUCACUUCUGCUAGUGACGUCUGGAGUUACGGUAUUGUCAUGUGGGAGGUCAUGUCUUUUGGCGAGAGGCCCUACUGGGACAUGAGCAACCAAGAUGUGAUCAAUGCUAUAGAGCAGGAUUACAGGCUGCCGCCCCCCAUGGACUGUCCCACUGCUCUGCACCAGCUGAUGCUCGACUGCUGGCAGAAAGAUCGGAACGCUCGGCCGCGCUUCACGGAUAUCGUCAAUACUCUCGACAAACUCAUCCGCAACCCCACCAGCCUUAAAGCAGUCGCCAGUAUACCCACUAUUCCGUCCCAGCCGUUGUUGGACCGGUCUAUUCCAGACUUCACCACCUUUAGUUCUGUAGAGGACUGGCUGGCCGCCGUCAAGAUGUCUCAGUACAGAGACAACUUCCUCAACUCUGGCUUCACGUCCCUACAGCUGGUCACCCAGAUGACUUCAGAGGACCUGUUGAGGAUAGGUGUAACCCUAGCCGGCCAUCAGAAGAAAAUCCUCAACAGCAUUCAGUCCAUGCACCUGCAGAUGUCCCAGUGCCAAACGGGCACAGCGCUGGCAUGACUGCAGGGGGCGCCGGACGACGGGCCGGGCAGCUUGCGGAAGAAUUACCAGCGGGUGAGCCCAAUCCCAUCGGAGCGCGCCAGAAUAGAGACUAUCAUCCUGAUCUGAGAAUGUGCUUCAGGAGAGGAACCAUUACCCCAUAUCCAACAGACCAGAUCGGAACAGGACGUCGGUUAACCCGUUUGUCUCCUGGGGUUACAUUUACAGGGAAAACCAAAGAAGCGGACUCUUUUUGUCCUCUUCUCAUCAUUAAUUUUCUUUACGAUGUUUAUCCAGAAAUCACAGUGACUGCUCAGAUUUCGAGACGUCUUCGAGACGCACGAUUUUCUACAAGGUUGUUUCGUUCAUCUUUUUUUCCAUUUAUUUUUUUUCAGUAUAAACCUUCUACCGUCACUGCUUCCCACUUACACUACCUGUCGAUCUCGGUAUGGCUGACGUUGCCAAAGGACAUCCUGUAUGCCUGCGUCCCAUCCCUAGGCCAUACGAGCUAAAUGAUGUAUAUCUUUAAAUAAAUACGAGUAUAUCUUCAGAGUAAACCUUCAUAUUGAAGGUGAAGUGUAACGGACCUGUAUGUAAAUACCCUCUUCUUCCGCUUGCAUUUUUGGCAAUGUUGCGCAUUGGACAAGAACCGCCGAUUCUGCAGGACACAAACUCGCUUACGUCAACGCGACGCCAUGAGAACAAUCUGGGAUGAACUCUGACUCUGUCGAUGUUGUGUAAAUAUCAGUUAGUUGUGUAUAAACUAGCGUUAAAAAGAUAUACUUUAGAUGAAAAAAGCUACGCAUUCAGGCCACUAAACAGUGUUUAUUGUAGGUGUUUCCACGCUGAUGAGCACUUACGUGUACAGCUUUUCUUUCUUCCACCUCUUCUUCUACUUCUUCUAGUUGUUCUUGUUAGUUUCGUGUCAGAGUGUUUGAAUGCGUCGACUAGCCUUGGGAAGGUGCAUUAUCACCACCUAAACUAGCUAGUACACUUAAAUGUAGUUCCACUGUUAAUAAGCUGUACUAAUGUUGGUCUUACAGGGUCUUUAAAACCGCUAAUCUGUUUCCAAGCACGUGUUUACAUGAUAAGCCAACGGAAAGGUCACAGGCAGGAAACGAAGAGACUCGCGAAACCGCUGCCCUUCACCACUUUUAUCAGGCCGAGUCACUCUCCCGGCUCCAGAUGCUUCUCGAUGACAUUGCUAAAUGCGGUACAUGUUCUUUCGUGUCAUCAGCUCUCCAUUUAUUUGUGUGUGUGUCUGGAUUGAACAUCUGUGUGACCCUUUAUGAACAGAUGCCUAACGCCACCCCAUUGAGCACAUUCUACUUAAGCAGUCAGUUAAGCACUGGGUAACACACACACACAAACACACACUGUUGAUGGCUUUGGGCUGUUCGUUUUUGGUUGCCAUGGAGAAAUAGAAUAUGCUAAUUGAUAAUAAUAAAUAAUAAUAAUAAUAAUAAUAAUACAUUUUAAAUGAUUUAUUAUUAUUAACGUAAUGGACAGCUUAUAUAUAUAUAUAUAUAUAUAUAUAUAUAUAUAUAUAUAUAUAUAUAUAUAUAUAUAUAUAUAUAUAUAGUCAAUGUAGUUAAGAAUUGGGAGCAUGCCUAAUCUGUGUUUUGCAAAUAUUUUGUCUUCUAUGAUAAAAUCACUUGCAGCAUUGAUCAUUCGUAAGUUGCUUUGAAUAUUAAAGGGUUGUAAAUGAAUAAAUAUAAAAGUAAUUGGUAAAAUGUUCCUGCUUUUGGGGUCAUAAUGGCUAAAAGCAGCUCCACAGGAUCUCAAAGGGUUUAGCAUUAAAGGACCUCAAUGUAGGAUUUGAAACAUAAUGGUUUGCAGAGGUUAGCAGCUGCACCAUUCAUUCACCUGAUGUGAAUGUGUGUGUAAUGAAUAAGAUGCUACAUUGCCUGUAAGUUAAUGAGACUCAUGGUUUAUGGUUAUUCUCUAUGAGCAACACACACACACACGCACAAUCCAUCACGCAGCUAUACCCUAGGUGUUGCACCUAAUUGGCUACAAUGAAUUUCACCAUGGCAACCAAAGAGCGUAUUGGCUCUUUGUUAAGGGUGACACACUUUUACAGCUUCUGCCAAGAGGCAUAUUUUUUAUGCGUGCGCACACACAAACCUCAACUGUACAACAUUGAAGAAACAGUGAAUCUGUUCCUCCAUACGACGGUAGUAGCGAUAAUGUCUGGCUCUAUAAAAGCUUCAGCGUGAGAUGAAGACGUCUUCCCCUCUGUCUCUGCGUAAAGGAAGCUCAAUUAAUGAUCACAAGGUAUCGUCGCCAUGGCCCGCGUCCAGCUCGUUCGCGGCGGGGCGUAACUAAGCUGUCCGGCGUCCUACCGUAUGGCCCAGCUGAAAAAUGGCUGACGUGCGCUCAAAGCCGUAGAUCCGCUGGGGAGGGCGGAGCAUGCUGGGAUACCUGCGGGUACAGCACACAGACUGAGGAGAGUGAUGAAUGAGCUCGAGCGAGUCAGAGAAUGAAAGAGAAAACAAGAGCAAGGAACGGCAGAGAGUGCAGGAUUGAGAAAGAAAUGAGGAGAAAUGAGGAACGAAGAAAAAAAGAAAUGGACAGACAUUAGAGAUUAGAGUAUUAAGUCAGCAUGAAAUUACAAAUUGACCCUAUUUUCUUUGUAACGACAUGAUUCUUUCAACUUCUCUCCAACCACAUGAGCUAUUCUCUUUUCUUUUCACAGUCCAAUCAUGGUGGUUAAAAUUAAGUCACAUCAUCAUAUUCGGUCUCAUUUGUAAUUACUGCAUAUUGAGGUGCAAAGGGUUGAAAAUGGAAUUUCAUGUUGACUUUCAGGUAUGUGUUGUUGAGAGAUGGCUUAUAGUAUAAGAGCGGUUGACCAAUAUGCGUUUUAGAAAUGGAAAAUGCCAAUAUCUAGAACAGGGUAGAGUGUUUUUUUUGUUUUGUUUUUUACUAAUUCUGUGUAAUAUUAAUCAUGACUUAAACGCUUAUUAAACAUAGAAAACAAUUAUAUUGGCAUCUCCAUUUUAUACACAAAAGCUCAAAAGUUUGGGGUCUCUAAGAUUUGUAUAUUUCUUUAAAAUAAAUGAAUACCGCUAUUCAGCAAGGGUGCAUUUAAAUGACCAAAAGUGACAGUUAUCUAUAAAUUAUAAAUUAUUUAUAUUAUAAUUAUUUCCUUUCCUUUGCAGUUUAUAUAACUGUAAAGGAAAGGAAAUAAUUUCUAAAGAACUAUAGGCAACUACUGAAAAUUCAGCUUUGCUAUCACACAAAUAAAUGCAUGUAAAAUAUAUUACAUUAAAUUAUAAUAACUCUUCACAAAGUAAUUAUCUUUUACUGUAUUUUUGAUCAUGUAAAUGCAGGCUUGGGGCCAAAUUUACUAAACGGCAAAUUAGCAUUAAAGCUUAAUUCCAUAAAAGCGCUGAGGGGAAAAUUCUGCUAGUGAUUUGCUAACAAUGCGCACAUUAAAAUAUACAGACCCAGGCAUACCAUUUCUAAAAUGACCAGCACAAUCUACUAAGAGCAGUGCAAAUUAUCAUCCACUUUAAGACAUGCCCUUUUUUGGCUCUAAAUAAUGUAAAUACCAGUAAAGCUGGUAGUAAACAUGGCCCUUGUUGAACAAAUUUUACCGACCUCAAACAUUUGUCCAGUGAAAAGCUUUAGAUUUUUGGAAUGCAAUUUCUCUUAACCAGUCAUGUGUACAUGCAAAAUGGACAAUUAAUCAUCCUGAUCAACAUAUCCAUCAUCCAUCUAUCACAGGGUGUCUCAGAUCUUGCUGUGGAGGGCCAAUGCACUGCAAAGUUUAGCUCCAACCCUGAUAAAACUCACCUACAUGUGAUCCUGAUCCUGAAGACACCGAUUAGCAUGCUCAGGUGUGUUUGAUUAGCGUUAGAGCUAAACUCAGCAGGAAAGUGGAUCGGGGCCAGAUUCGAGGACCCCUGACCUAUCACUGUAUAAAAAACACGUGACAGUUCUUCACCAUCUGCGCAGACAGGUCGAAGCUUCAUUAUAACGCACACCCACACAGAUAGUAGUAUAUGAUUUAUAUUUGAAUAUGUACAUGAACGCUGUUGUUUCUAUUGCGAAUGUGUCUCUCUUUUUCUUAUUUUAACCUCUCGUUUUGCACACGUCCAACAACUCAAUCGAGGAUAAUCUUCAUCUCUUGCAAGGGUAUCCUCCUCUUCCUCCUCCUCUCGGAGGGUUGAGGGAAUAGGCAGGGAGUGAGAGGAUGAACGGAAAUGAUUUGAGUCUAAUUUUAUCGCUCUUUGCCUGGAGUGUCGACACAUUGUGGAGUCUGGUGAGCGUUUGGCAGCGGAUCAGCGGCGAUGCUGUUCCCGUGCCAACUGAAGUCUGAGCGGUGCAUGUGUUCACUAGCACGGCUCAGACUUCACAAGCGCAAACAAAAAGCGCGUUUGGAACAAACAAAAGCGUCGUCUGACACCGCCGGUAGAAACGAGCCCGUGUUUUGUAUCGUACUUUCUGCUUUUCAAACCGCACUUUCAUGUUAAAGUGUAGGAGCAUUACUUUAGGCAACCGAAACUAAAAGCCAGAGAGUUCGAGGGUUCGAGAGACUGUUGAUAUUACUAGCAUGGCAUGGAUACUAGCUCGCUCUGUUUUGUAGAUAGCGAACGAAGGAAAGCCCCCCCUCACCUCACCGAGGCUGUAUAGUUAACACUCGUUUCUUGUGAUGAGUAUGUCAGAGUUUGAAAAUGUAACUUUCUGAGAACUAUUGUACUGAAAUGCACUCAAUAAAGACCUUGGAAAAGCUGA